AUGUUUUGGGUUGUGAAAGCAUUUGAAAACAUUGUUUUCAUCGCCGAACUAUUGAAGAAAAAUGAACGCGUAAAUAAGCUUGAUAGAGACUGGAAGUAUGUUGCGGCUGUGUUGGACCGAUUUUUCCUCUUCAUCUUCUCUAUCUCUUGUCUUACCGGAACAUUGUAUUUUCUUCUACAAGCUCCUACUUUAUAUGACUCCAGGAAACCAAUCGAUUUACAGUAUCGAUCAGCAAACUUGAGCGUUCUUUUGUGA